UUGAAACAACUGCAAUCUCAGUACGACGACUUUAAAAGACGAACUUCGACUCCAGCAGGACACAGUCAAACACGUAGCCUCACAAACAGUGCGAGAAGAAAGUGGAAGUUACUGUGACUGGGACGGCAGGUAUGAAAACCGACUUGGAAGACCAGGAAGACGAGCUACUCGCCCUCCAUAGUAUCUUUGGUUUGGAGGAGUUCGUCCGGAAUGAGUCGAACCCUGCCGGAGAAAUCCGAGUGUCAGUUGAGCUUCCUGCGGACUUCACUGUGGCUCUGACAGAGGGUGAAACGGUGAGGCAAUAUGAAAUAUCAUUCCUGCCACCUCUGCUCCUGACCUUUGAACUUCCUGAGGACUACCCAUCCUCCUCCCCUCCCUCCUUCACCCUCACCUGCAGCUGGCUGACACACACACAGCUCUCUGCACUGGGCGCUCAGCUCACUGAUCUCUACCAGGCAACCGGAGGCGCAGUGGUGCUCUUCUCCUGGGUGCAGUUUCUCAGAGAAGAUACCCUCCAGUUCCUGGACAUCCACACUCUGCUGGAGCUCUACUCUGAUGAACACAGCACUCUGCGCUGUAGCCAAGACUCACAAAAUGCUGCACUCUCACAAACAAAUAAUAAUCAAGACACUCCAAAGUCAGAUGACCAAAGUUGUAAUGUUUCAGAUCUACCUGCACAAUCCAUGGAAGUUCAGCACCCGAAUGUGAUUCUUGCUGAUGGCCAAAAUCCCUCAAUAUCAGACCAGAGCAGCACAGACUCUCAGGGAGUCAGCAAUGUCAGCCAGAGUCGUCAAAACUCAGGGCCUCCGAGUGAAUCUAACCAAAUCGCACAAGGCUCACAUGCAAAGGAGGCUGAACAGACCUUCCAGCCCUCAGAGUUAAAGGCUGACGGCCAGAGGGAUCUGUCUUCAGAGGCAGGCAAAUCCAAGCCUCCUCCAUUUUCUGAGUCUGAUCAAAUUGUCCAGGAAGAUUUCUCAAAUGAAGGCGGUGUUUCAGCCUCAUUAUUGCCUCCAGAUGAAGUAGAUCAGAGUGGACAAGAAGGAGCUGCUCCUCUGCAAGCCCACCCCAGAGAGUCCUUUGAAAAUAAAGCGCAAACCCCCUCCCUAACUCCAUCACAAACUCUGCUGUCCCAGCUCUUGAUCUAUGAUGCAGCCCAGAAACAGAAAGUGUUUGCCGCUACGGUGUUUGACUGUAGUGUGUGCUUUGUGGGCUGGCUCGGUUCGGAGUGUGUGCAGUUGCUUGAGUGUGGCCACAUCUUCUGCCAGACAUGUCUCACUGAGUUCUGUAAGCUCCAGAUAACAGAGGGGAACGUCCGGGGUGUCACCUGUCCUCAGGCAGACUGCACGGCCAGCCCCACGCCUGCACAGGUGAAAAGUCUGGUGGGGGAGGAACUGUUCAGCCGCUAUGAUCGUCUCCUGCUGCAGUCGACUCUGGACCUCAUGCCCGAUGUGGCGUACUGUCCUCGGCUUUCAUGUGGUUCACCUGUCAUUCUGGAGAAGUCCAGCACUGCAGCGCUGUGCUCUGUGUGCGGCUUUGCUUUCUGUGUCACCUGCAGAAAGACCUACCAUGGAACAGAUGACUGUCAGGCAAAGAAGGCCAUGAAACAAAAACAGAUGGAAAAAGACCUACAGCAAGGCCAUUUAGAGUUGCCACAGUCACAAGAGGGGAUGAAGGCUCUGUGGGACGACUAUACCAGCGGCAGCAAUCAGAGGCGGCUCGUCCUGCAGAGCAGGUACGGCCAGAGGGUGCUGAAGGUCAACCUGGAGGACAGUCUGAGCGAGCACUGGAUGGAAGUCAACAGUAAGAACUGUCCUCACUGCUUCUGCAGAAUAGAGAAAAACAGAGGAUGUAACAUGAUGACAUGCUCUCAGUGUAGACAGCGUUUCUGCUGGGCCUGCCUCACCAGACUGCCCAAGGCUGGUGCAGGCAGACACUUUGAGGACAGUCCCUGUUCUGUCUACCAGUGGUAGCUGACAUAGUCCUUCAGCCACUUUGACCUCCAGCCAUGGAGGGAACUGAGUCAACACAUUUUGCAUAUGUUAUGCUAUGUUAAGUGCACAAGCAUCGGAGGGCAGUUUGCAAUACAAAUAAGUGCUAAUUUAAUGAAACAUGUAAAAAACAUGAUAAUGUGGAGCAUGUUUUCAAAAAAUUAUGAUCUCAACACAGUUGGGAAUAAACACUCUUAACAUUAGAUCCUCUAUGGUGUUUUGCUGCGGAUGGGCCAACAUGUUAUUUAGUCACAGUUUAUACCAAAAAAGCCAAAAUCAUACAAAUGUCAUGUUAGUUUCACUUUUAGAAGUUUACAUUUUAAAACUAAAUAUUUAACAUCCUACUAUCACUGAUGUCAAGUCAUUCACAAAAUGACACUAUGUGUCUGUUAUGACCAGUAGAUGGUGCUAAAUACCAUUGCUCUGAAGUAACUAGCGGUUCCCAUUUGUUUAUAUCCUUUUUAUAUACAGUCUAUGGUUAUAUCAAGAAUUAGGGUCGGCAACUGAUGAUUGUUUUCAUUAUUAUUCUGUCUGCAAAUAAUUUCUUUGAUUAAUAGAUCAAUUAAAUGCCAAUCAUACUGUAAGUUGCUUUGUUUUGUCUAAGGUGUCCACAACCUGAAGAUGUUCCAUUUAAUGCCAUAAAAGACAAAGAAAAAAAGCUAAAAGACUGAAACUGGUAAAAUCUUCCCAGUAUUACUUAAAAAAAAUGACACUGAAAAUCUGAGUAUCAA